AUGUCGUCCAAUAAAGACCAAAAAAACGAAGAUACAUCCGAUAGCAAUGACGCACCCAAAGUUGUAGUCACCAGCAGUGAUGCAGACCCAAUGAAAAACAUUCAAGAAUUAUUAAAAAUGCUAGCUAUUGAUCCAUCCAAAUUGAACAACAGAGAUAAUGAAAUAAAACCCAAAAAUUUUGAAGAGUAUAAGUUUUGGAAGACUCAACCAAUUGUCAAAUUUGAUGAAAAAGUUACAACAGAAGGUCCGGUGGAUAAUUCUAAAACUGUGGCGGAUAUUCCAACAAGUCCCUUACCUUUGAAGGCCAUACCUGGUUUUGAAUGGUACGAUGUUGAUAUUGAGAAUGAUAUUGACGAAUUGUAUCAACUCUUAAAUGAGAAUUAUGUUGAAGAUCAAGAUAGUGCUUUCAGAUUUGACUAUUCAAAAAGUUUUUUACAAUGGGCACUAACUUGCCCAGGUUAUAAAAAAGAAUGGUUUGUCGGAAUUAGGGUUAUUAGUAGUAAGAAAUUAGUUGGUUUUAUAUCUGCUAUCCCGGUAACUUUGCAAGUUAGAGGCAAAAUUCUUCCAUCAGUUGAUAUAAACUUCUUGUGUGUCCAUAAAAAGUUACGUGCUAAAAGGUUGGCACCGGUUUUUAUUAAGGAAAUCACUAGGCGUGUUAAUUUAUGUAACAUAUGGCAAGCUCUACAUACAGGCGGUGUAGUAUUACCAAGUCCUGUUAGUGUAUGUAGAUAUGCUCACAGACCUUUAAAUUGGGGUAAAAUGUUUGAUGUUGGUUUCACUGGAUUACCGUAUAAUGCUACCAAAACACAAAUGAUUGCCAAAUACACAUUGUCCAAAACAACUACUACCCCCGGUUUGAGAAGAUUAGAGUUAAAAGACCUUGAUGAAGCUUUAGAAUUAUUAAACAAAUACCAAUCCAGAUUUAAGUUAAUUCAACUUUUCAACAAAGAGGAAUUUAAACAUUGGUUUUUGACUAUUGAAAAUGUUAUUUAUUCGUAUGUUGUCGAAGAUCCCAAAACAGGUAAAAUCACUGAUUUUAUAUCUUUCUAUACAUUACCUUUUACUAUAUUGAAUAAUAACAAUUAUAAUUCAUUAAAUGUUGCGUAUUUGUUUUAUUAUGCAAGUGACUCUGAUUUCAACUAUCCUGAUAGAUUUGAUACAGAAGCUACUAAAGUUUUGAAAAAGAGGUUAUCACAAUUAGUUAAUGAUGCCUGUAUAAUUGCCCGUUCAGAAUUGCACAUGGAUGUUUUUAAUGCAUUGACCUCACAAGAUAAUUCAUUGUUUUUAAAAGAUUUGAAAUUUGGUCCUGGCGAUGGUUUAUUGAAUUUUUACUUAUUUAAUUAUAGAACUUUUCCGAUGAACGGAGGUUGUAUUGCUGACCAAAAUUAUGCGUAUGACGAGGAACAUCGUAGUGAUAUUGGUGUUGUCAUGUUGUAA